AUGAUGACAAAUUUGUAUAAGAUUGAAAAUCUUGAAAAUCUUUUACAAUGUACAAUUUGUCAUCAACGUUUUCAAACACCAAAAGUUCUUGAAUGUCAACAUACUUUUUGCUUAUCAUGUUUACAAAACAUUUAUGAUACAGAAAACCAAACAUUAAUAUGUCCAAUAUGUCAACGAAAUAUCAAAUUAACUGAAAAUCUUAAUGAAUUAGCAAAUAAUCUUUUAAUAAUAAAUUUAAUAGAUAUUCAACCAAUAAAAGCUAAAUGUUCAUCAUGUCAAAAAAUAGAAAUUUUAACAUUAUGUGAACAUUGUAAUUGUACAAUAUGUACAAAUUGUAAUGAAAAACAUGUUGAUGAUAUACGAAAAUCAAUUAAAAUAACACUUAAAGAAUUAGAAAAUAAAAAUCAAAAUGAAUUAAAAAUUUCUAUUCAUAAAUCUUUUAAGACAAUACGAAAUGAUAUAAAUAAUCAAUUUCAAAAUAUUCGUCAACAAUAUAAUUCAAAUUUAUUAGAAAAACAAAUCGAUAUACUUAAACAACUUGAAUUCUAUGAACAAGAUUUAUUAAUACAAAUAGAAAAUGAUCUUAAUGUUCUUGAACAAUCUAAACUUGAAAUUAUUCGAAAUAAUAUUCAUCUCAAUAGGUGUAAAACAGAAUCUGAAUUAAACAAUUUAUUAACAAGAUCAUCCAAUAUUCAAUAUCAUUUAAGAGAAAAAUUUGUUGAAUGUAUAUCUUAUUUAAAUUCAAUUGAAAUUUCUUUACAAUAUGAUCAAAGUCAAUUGAAUGAAAUUAAUCAAUUAUGUCAUAGUUUUCAAUUGAGUACUUCUGAUACAGAUGAAAAUUUAGAACCAAUCGAUAUAACUUUACGAACAUUUCUAAAUCAAGAUUAUAAAUGUCGUAUAAGAUUAGAUAAGACAAUAAAUGAAUUAAAAGAAAUAUUUGGUAAACAAGAAAAUGUUGAUCCAAAUAAAAUCAUCAUAACAAAAAUUAAUAAUUAUUUUGAUGAAUUUGAUAAUAAUCGUACAUUAAAAUCUUAUAAUUGUGAUUCAACAAGUAUUCUUAUGAUAUAUCUUCGAAAAUAA